AUGCAGGAUUUAAUUCUGCAGAUGACAGGUCAGCUGGAGCCUUGGCGACCCUGGGCAGAACAGUUGCAGGCCAAGCGAAGGAUGAAACUUCAGAUGAAAUCCUGCGCUUGGGAAAACCUGUUGAUGAUUCUUCAUCCUCGCUCCAGUGGCAACAAACGAUACGACACCUACUGUGACGAGGCAAAGCAUUGGCAGAGUGUGGAAAAGCAUCACCCUGUGGAGCGUUGCCGUGCAAUUCGGACUUUGUGCUCUGGUGCCACUCCUGCGACGUUCUACGGCUCUCUCACAACGAAGCUGGUGGCCGCUACUUGGAGCUAUGCUGUCGUCAUGGCAGUCCCCAAAAGGUUCUUAUCAAAUAGCCUAUCGCAAUAUUCGACCCACUACGUGGAGUUUUCCUUGAAGAUCGUUGCCAAGUCCAGCAAGUUGAUGCCAACGAUGUUGAUCUCAGGGCUUCUGGGCAACUCCAGGUACUUUCAGGCAGUGGACUAUAUUGCUGCUAUCCUGCUAUGUGCUGGAACUGCCUUCUUUUCUUACAGCCCAAAGGCCAGCGUGAGCACAACUUCGUCACAAGUGGCACUGGGCAUGUGCGCCUUGGGCCUCUCGUGUGUGUUUGACGGCUUGGUUCCCAAUGUGCAGCAGCGCUUGCUGCGAGAUACAACCCCUUCAGAAUUGAUGGCCCGAACCAACGCUGUGGGAGCCGUAGCAGGAGGGGCCGUGGUGGGCGCAGUGAGGAUGCAGCUGUAG